AUGUUAAUUUACCAGAGUCAUAUUAUUCUCAAAGCUGAUAUUUUAAAAAGUGGGGAAAAAAAAAUAUUUUCUUUUAAAAUGUUAAUUUACCAGAGUCAUAUUAUUCUCAAAGCUGAUAUUUUAAAAAGUGGGGAAAAAAAAAUAUUUUCUUUUAAAAUGUUAAUUUACCAGAGUCAUAUUAUUCUCAAAGCUGAUAUUUUAAAAAGUGGGGAAAAAAAAAUAUUUUCUUUUAAAAUGUUAAUUUACCAGAGUCAUAUUAUUCUCAAAGCUGAUAUUUUAAAAAGUGGGGAAAAAAAAAUAUUUUCUUUUAAAAUGUUAAUUUACCAGAGUCAUAUUAUUCUCAAAGCUGAUAUUUUAAAAAGUGGGGAAAAAAAAAUAUUUUCUUUUAAAAUGUUAAUUUACCAGAGUCAUAUUAUUCUCAAAGCUGAUAUUUUAAAAAGUGGGGAAAAAAAAAUAUUUUCUUUUAAAAUGUUAAUUUACCAGAGUCAUAUUAUUCUCAAAGCUGAUAUUUUAAAAAGUGGGGAAAAAAAAAUAUUUUCUUUUAAAAUGUUAAUUUACCAGAGUCAUAUUAUUCUCAAAGCUGAUAUUUUAAAAAGUGGGGAAAAAAAAAUAUUUUCUUUUAAAAUGUUAAUUUACCAGAGUCAUAUUAUUCUCAAAGCUGAUAUUUUAAAAAGUGGGGAAAAAAAAAUAUUUUCUUUUAAAAUGUUAAUUUACCAGAGUCAUAUUAUUCUCAAAGCUGAUAUUUUAAAAAGUGGGGAAAAAAAAAUAUUUUCUUUUAAAAUGUUAAUUUACCAGAGUCAUAUUAUUCUCAAAGCUGAUAUUUUAAAAAGUGGGGAAAAAAAAAUAUUUUCUUUUAAAAUGUUAAUUUACCAGAGUCAUAUUAUUCUCAAAGCUGAUAUUUUAAAAAGUGGGGAAAAAAAAAUAUUUUCUUUUAAAAUGUUAAUUUACCAGAGUCAUAUUAUUCUCAAAGCUGAUAUUUUAAAAAGUGGGGAAAAAAAAAUAUUUUCUUUUAAAAUGUUAAUUUACCAGAGUCAUAUUAUUCUCAAAGCUGAUAUUUUAAAAAGUGGGGAAAAAAAAAUAUUUUCUUUUAAAAUGUUAAUUUACCAGAGUCAUAUUAUUCUCAAAGCUGAUAUUUUAAAAAGUGGGGAAAAAAAAAUAUUUUCUUUUAAAAUGUUAAUUUACCAGAGUCAUAUUAUUCUCAAAGCUGAUAUUUUAAAAAGUGGGGACUUGGAACAAGUCCUCCUGGAGUCAGACGCAGAAGACAUCGACAAUGUGCUUGAAAGUUUCGAAUCUUCAGAGGACAGUGAGUUCAGUCUGGACAAGUUCCUGCCGCGGAUAGACCAGUGUUUCUCCGCAGACACUGUCGAGGGUAUAAUCGACAACCUCAAAGCAGACAGCUCGGAAUGGUCGAAAAUAGUCCUGGAGAAUCUGCACAAGAUGUCACCGUCUUCUUUGAAGAUCACUAAAGAAGCUCUCGACCGCGGGAAGAACCUCACCCUGGAGGAGUGCCUCAAAAUGGAGUUCAGGCUCGUCUGGAGAGCUUGCGAUCGGUCAAGCGACUUUUACGAGGGAGUCCGCGCUCUCUUGGUCGACAAGGAUCUCAAUCCCAAGUGGAACCCUCAGAGCCUCGCAGAGGUCUCUGACAAAUAUGUUAAGAGCAAAUUUGAAGCUCUUGCUCCGAAAAACGAGCUGGAACUUCGAUAA